GGCUGCACACCCAUUUUGCUACGGGUCGACCCACUUGCAAUUUUCACUUUUCCCUUUUAUAUCACUUUAUCUCCUUAUCUGCUAUUAUCACCACAAAAAAUAAACUCUUCCAUUUCUAGUAAAACACGAGCUGCCUCUGUCAAAGCUUGGAAUUGAAUCUUGCAGCUCCAAUAUCUUCAAAUUCGUCAAUUCCUCCUCUUAAUAGUGAUCUGGGUAUGAAGUCGAGCGGACCCUCGUGACCACGAAAGAGCAUGAAAUCAUAGCUGGGAAUCUCUUGAUUUUCAGCCAAUCCUGCUUUAGUAGAGUUGUUUGGAAACUGGGUAUCCCUUGAUUUUGAGUAAAUCUCACUCUAUCAGAGCCAUACAGUGGCUGGGUAUAUCAUUGAAUUGCAGGAUUGGGUCGGUCAAGCAAUGGCUACGAAAGGGACCGGAGAAGACAAGUAUGAAAGCAAACAGAAAAGUAUUACCAGACGCUCAUUUGCAUUCGCAGAAGCAGUAAGUCAAGCCACUGAAAAGAAUGCCUCGGCCUUCAUGAAUAGAAUAACACAACGAGUCCCGAAUGAAGGUGGGGCACGUCAACUUGGCCCAAGCUUCUAUAGUGAGAUACCGGCCGAUGUGGAGAAAGUGUUGAGCCAGCAUGAAGUAGAUGAUUCUAGCUACUUCAGUGAAGGAAAAGCAUGGGGAGCAUGGAGCACAAAACCUGGAAAAUGGCCUAAUGAAACGGCCAAUUGGAUCCCAUGGGUCGAGCGAGUCGAGAAGCGAUUUGGGGAUGUAUGGAAACGACUUGGGAUCUAUGACACCAUCAAGCUUUCCACCAUUACGAUUCCUUGUGACCGUUCCUUGUUGGCUGCCGCUAUGUGUUUUUGGAGUUCUCAAACAAAUUCUCUGGAACUUCAGUUUGGUGCACUUAGUCUGACCUUGAUUGAUAUAGCAGCCAUUACAAGCCUGCCGCCACAUGGGCAAGUGGUGGACAUUGUAUUUGCAGAAGGAAAGUUCGACAUUGAUCUUGGUUGUGAGCUAAAAGAUCGAAGUAAGGGUAGACCAGCCGUUGCUAAUUUUAAUACAUGGAUUGAGUUGUUUAACAAUGGCUUGAUGAGUAAGUCACUUAGUGGGGACAACAACCUAGAAGAAAAAGUGGAAAGCCAACAGGAGACAAUGGAAGUUACUCCUGUUGAGCAUGCUGGUUUUCUUGCCUUUUGGAUAUGCAAGUUUUUAGUGUGCACAACUUCUAGAAAAGUGAAUGUGGAGUACUACAAGUUAGCUGAAGCAUUAGCAAGUAAAGAAGUGCAAGAGAGCGAUCAACCAUUAGCUCUGGGUCCAUUUGUGCUUGCCCACUUGUACAGAUGUCUUCACCAUUGUGUGACCGAAGGACUGAAUCCAAAUUGGUCUGGGCCAUUGUGGAUUUUUCAGUUGUGGCUGCAUACUUAUUUUCCUGUGUUCAGACAACCGGGUUUAGCAUUGGCCGCAGACACCAUUCUUGGACAACAAUUGGCUUCCCUUGAUUUACUUUCGCAUUCGGCAGAAGAGUGUUUUGAAGUGUUGUUCAAGUGUGAGGAAUUUUCUGCAGAACAGUUUGCCGUUUGUUUCAGCAGGAAGUAUCCACCCUAUCUUGGCGUGGAUGUCAGCCAACACGCCUCAGAAAGUGAUACGACAUGGGAAACUGCGUGUGUAGCUUGGAAGAGUGCAAUAGGUAUGAGAGAUCUCUUCUGGGGUGGCUUGUCUGGUAAGACACUCAAGUGUGGAGUGGAGUUAUAUUCACCAUCAUAUUUCAGUCGUCAGUUGGGAUAUUAUCAAGCUAUACCUGCUCCGGUUCCAGAAUCGUCAAACCGAUAUAGUUCAUUGCGAGCCGUGUUCUCCAACAAGGACGACAUUGAGCAGAAUAACAAGGCUUUUCUGUAUAACAUGAGCUUUGUCAUGAAGACCAGAGUAGCAACUAGCAAGAGCUCCUCUCAUUUCAGAGAGUGGUGGAUGAAACGAGUAGGUAGCCGUUUUAAAGAUGGGUUGAUAUCAGCUAAGCGAUCAGCCUUUGCAGGGAAUCCAUGGGUACAAGAGAAGCCGAAAGCGGCAAAGCGUGGUAAGACAACAAGCAAAGUUGCCAAAGUGAUCCCAAUUAUAAGUGGCCAAGAGUCGUUAAAGAAGUGUACGAAAGUUGGCACCAAGAGAAAGGCCAACCGCAGUUCGACCACGGAUUCGGCCAAAGAUGGUGCCACUAUGUCUUCAACGUCUCAAUCUCCGCCAGCAAAACAAGCGGCAAAACAAGGCGAGCAAUCCUCAGAAAGUGAAGAAGAAUUGUGCGUGGCCAAACGAAAUCGCUUUAUGAAUUUGCAGAAGAUCAUCGUCCAAAAUGCCAGUCCUAGUGAAACAGAGGAAUCCGUGGAACGAACCAUUGAGAAAGAUGGCCAACCAGUUAGUGACGAACCUGUGGGGGAGAUAGUGUCUUCUGAAAGAAUGGCCGAAAGUGAGGUUGUAACAAUGAGUAUGCAGAAGGAGACACUUGUACUCACUCAAGCUUCAACGCAAACCAGCACUCCCUUAUCAGUAACCUCGUCGCUGAGUGAGAAAUUGGUGUCGGCUAACGAGCCGGAAGGGUUUGAAGCCGAACUUCAAGCUUUCAUGAAGGCAUUUUCGGCCGAUGCGCUAACCCAAACAGAAUGCUACUCGGCCAUUUCGCAAGAACCGACCGCACAAUCGACAUCAAUGGAGGAAAUUGAUGGGGCUCUGAAGGUGGUAAAUGAAACUUUAUCUCAGCCAUUGAAAGAGUUUGUGGAAACAGGCCAACUACCAAAAGUGAAAGUAGCCAUUGAUUUGUUACUUGGAGCCAAAUACUUUGCCCUUCCAAAGGUAGCCCUCAUUGGUGAGAAGCUAGAAGUGUUGACCCAACAAAUAUCCCAUGUAGCUGGUGUGUACCAAGAAAUAGAAAAAAGGAGACAACAAAUCUUGGCUUGUGAGCAAAUGAAGAAAGCCUUGGUUCCCGAGUUUGGGUGGUGUAUGGAGCAAAAACGGGUUGUGGAGUCUCUUGAAGGCAAGAUAAAUGAGUUGGAAAGACAAUUGGCGUCCUUGAAACAAGAGAGACAAGAAGUGGGGAAAAAGCUCCUUCAAAGGAGUAAGCAGUGUUUCCAAAGCCAAGGACAACUGAAGAAAAUAGAGGCCGAAUUGAAAAAUUCCGAGCCUAGGUGUAUGCAACUUGAGAGUGACCUUCAUGACACUAGUUGUACCUUGGGAGCUCUUAAAGCCUUAUUAGCCGAUUAAUGAUGAUUGAUGUAUGUGGCUCUUUUGUCGGCCAUUGGCCGGUUUUUGUAAACAUUUGAAAGUUAUGGGCCGAUAAAAAACUUAAUUAAUUAUUUGCUUGCCGGUA